AUGGGCCGGCACUUGAGAUCUUUCACUGCAGCCUUUAAACUGCAAGUGAUUGAAUAUGCCGAGGAGCACGGCAAGCGAGAAGCUGGAUGCAAAUUUGACGUCGAUGAGAAGCGCGUGCGUUACUGGACUAAACAGAAAGAUGCCUUCGCCGCUACCAACAGGAACCGAAAGGCAUUUCGCAGAAAGAAGUGCCAGUACCCGGAACUCGAAGGCGAACUUGUCAAAUAUGUCAUCGACACUCGAAGGGACUGCUACGCCGUCUCAACUGACAUGAUCCGCGUGAAAGCCCUGGCCAUCGCUCGCCACAUGGAAUACCCCAGGCACAAUUCAAGGCAGCAGACAACGCUCUUCUGGAGCGAGCAUUGGACCAAUGGCGAGGUGUGCUGGAGCAACAUCGCGGACGCAGCCAAUGUUGGUCCCCAGUUGCCUCUGGGCACAGCCUGUGGCCUGCUCACCAGCUGCGGCCACUACCCGGGUGUCGUUGACCUCAGCCUCUCGCUGGCCAAGCAAGUGGAUCCCCAGGGGCUGGCUUUGCAUUUCUACCAGCAGGGCGAGCGUCCCGAGGACGAGCGCGGCCGGCAAGCCUAUGUUGCCCGCAUGGAGUGCUACAAGGUGAUCCGAGACAUGCUGUCUGAGCUGCGUGCCAGCGGUGACAGCCGGCCCGACGGCUCCUGCUACGAGGCGAUGCUCGGACUGGCCCUGCGGUCGGACGACGAGACGUUCCACGCCUCGCUGUACGACUGGCUGUGCGAGAGCGGUCAGUCGGCACGACUGCUGGACGUGCGCAGCCCCUUCCUGGAGGCCUACCUGCAGCGUCGAUGCGAUGCGGCCGACCUGCUGUGGAAGUACCACGAGCGAGUGGGCAACUACGGCGCGGCCGCUCGCAUCCUCGCCAAGCUGGCCGACCGACCGGGUACCGACGUGAACCUGGCCAAGCGCCUCGAGUACCUGGCUCGAGCCAUCGUCUGCAUCAAGAGUACACACUUUCAGGUGACCAAUGAAGGGAACUUCUUGUACCAGCUUGAGGAGAAGCUGGAAGUGGCUCGCCUGCAGGCCAAGGUGCAGGAUGCACUGCGGCAGAGGUCAGACCUGCCAAUGGCAGCAGAGCUGGUGGCCCGUCUUGAUGCAGAACUGGUGGACGUGACACACCUCUACGGAGACUACGCAGAUCCCUACGACCUGGCCGAGUGCAAGCUAGCUAUUGUGCGCUCCUCAGGCUACGACAAGCCCCUGCUAGUCGAAAGCCUUUGGCAGUCUCUCCUGGAGCGCGAGUUCCUCAACAAUGUCCGUCCGGACCAGCUGUCUCAGCGACUGGAGUCUCUGGCUCAAGAUUACGCCCAGUCUGAGAAGUUCUUUCCACUAGCCUUCCUGGUCAAGUUUCUCGAGCUGCGUGGAAGCCAACAUGGUUUUGAGCCCGGUUGGAUUCUCGAGCCUUUGCUUGGUGCCAAUGUGCCCAUCUCCAGGCUCAGGGACACAUACAACGACCUCUACCGUGGCAAGGACCCUGCGUUCACUGAGCGUUCGCUUCACCUGCUGCAUGCCAUAGCACGUCUCCUUGAACUGUUCCUCAAUGGGUGCCACUGCACCGACAGGCGGCGGCUGGCCAACAGGUGCAUCAACGACAUCCCAGGCUACCUGGUUGAUCUGCAGUCAAUGGCUACGAGAGAUAAUGCUGUGGAUAGCCUGAUUUCCAAGUUUAAGGAGUUUCAAGCUAGGCUGGACAGAUAUGUGGCAGCCUGAUACACACUGUCGCAUAAUCAUUUGUGCUUUAUAUUAUCUCCAGUGGUGCCAUCCUACAACAUCGUGAUAUCACUCUUGCAAGUUACUGGUGGAGCAGUACGAGGCCAAUAAAAUAUGUUCGACUUGUUC